UUUUCACAAGAUGGCAUAAUAUGUCCGAAAGUCCGAAGUUCGAACGGUUCAAACUGCAUGCUGUAUAAUUACAUAAUCAUAAAAUGUUCAUAUUCAGAAUAAACUCGUGGAUAGAAGCUUAGAUGUUGGAAUACACUUUUUCUAUCACUACGAUUAAGAACAUUUAGAUUUAGAAAAGUAUAGCGCAAUAUUUAGAAAACUGAAAAUUUCCGAUCUUUUAUUUCAUAGAGAUUUCUUACAGUUAAUGAAUUUACUUACACACAUUUCUUGUUUUGUACCUUAACCUGUAUUCCCAAUUAAACAAAUUAUAAUUAUUAUUAUUGUAAUUAAUCAAAUGGCAGGUAUAACAUCAAUGUUGUCAAUAGGACAACGGCAUGACAUUUGUUCUGAAGAUGUUGUUAAUAGUAGUGUAAAUGUAGCUAAUUCUGAUAAUAGUAACAAUUCAAAAUCUUUAGAAGAUUUACAAUGCUUUGUAUGUGAUGCACAAAUCCAAGGGCGUCAUUAUGCGUUGGCUACAUGUAGAACACAGGCAUCAAGAAUUAGAGUAAUAGAAAAACUUGGAGAACUAGUUGGUGAGAGAUACAUGGUGGUAAUAUCAGAAGACGAUGUAAUUUGUAGAAGUUGUGCUAAUCUUAUUAACACACUUGAUAGACUUGAUGUUGAAAUGUGUAAUGUCCGUGAUAAUGUUUUACGGUUCUUGGAACAGAAAUAUUCUUUAAAAGAGGGAGAACUUCUUGGUAAUAAUAAGAAACAAAGACGUUCUCAACCACCUCAAAUUACAAAGUAUAACAAUCGACAUGGAAGUAACUAUGAAACUAGAAGAGGAGACAUUGUUUUAUCUUCCAAUGUUAUUGAUAAACCAAAGCAUAAAAAGAAUAAUAUAUGGUUGCAAUGUGACAAAUGUCAAUAUACUACACUUCACAAUUCCUUUAUGGUUCAUCACAUAAAAGAUCACAUCAAACAAAAAAUAUUUUGUGAGAGUCAACAGGAACCUCAUGAUUGCAAUAUGAAAAAACACAUGGAAUCGUCCUUAAAAGAAAUCGAUGAAACUAUGUUAAAUAUUCCGAUGUUGGAAAAAAAUAUUCACCAAAAUGUUCCAGUUAUGACUAUAGAAACAUGUCCGCCAUCGCAAAUAUCGAAUCGUAAUGAAAAUAUACCUAUAAUAAGAUUGUCAAAUUCACAGAGUUUAUCAAUGCAAAAUAUUAUAGCACCUGACAAUACUUCCGCAACUGGUCCAUCGAUAUAUGUGCGUGUCUUACAACCAGUUGAAAUCAAUGAAACUCCGACACAUUCUGCGAUGAUGAUGUCUACUUCCGAUACCGAUUUAGCUAUGAAACUUAAGGAUAAUUCAGAAAAACAAAUUUUGACUUUGACAGAAGAUGGAAAUUUAGAAAUAGCGGACAUAGCUUAUUGGGACGAUAUACAAACGUCAGAAUCACAAUCCAACAUGAUAUUUCAAUAAUUUGAAUAAUAUUGUCACAGUUUUAGUUUACUUAUUUUUAGAAGCACGA